AUGGGCUUUCCCCUGAACGUCCUCGUAGACGCCACAAAUACUUUCUCCUCGGGCAACCAUCUCGGGCAGGGUACCUACGGAAUGGUGUACAAGGCGAAAUUACCCUCGGGGGACGUGGUAGCGGUGAAACGAGCCAAGGCGGACAGGAAGCAGGACGCGGGGAAAUUCCGAAAGGAGAUUGAGUUAUUAUCUCGGGUCAGCCAUAAGAAUUUGGUGCGGCUGGUGGGGUACUGCAGGGAGGGAGGCGAGCAGCUGCUGGUGUAUGAGUAUGUGGCGGGAGGGAACUUAUCUCAGAACCUCAACCCCACCUGGAGAGAACGCCACAGCCGCCCUCCUCUGAACUGGACAGAGCGCCUCCUCAUAGCAGCAGGGACGGCGAGAGGCCUGGCUUAUCUGCACGAGGAGAUCAACGUGCCGUUCAUCCAUCGGGAUGUGAAGCCCAGCAACAUCAUGAUCGACCGCCACGUGGUGGCCAAGAUAGCUGACUUUGGCACCACCAAGCCCAUGACUCCGGAGGAAUUAAGGAAACUAUCAGUCACCAUCCAAGGCACCGCUGGCUACUGUGACCCGGACUAUCUGCGCACGGGGCACUCCUCCAAGCGCAUCGACGUGUACUCGCUGGGCAUUGUGCUGCUGGAACUGCUCACCGGCAAGGGCCCACACAAAGUCAACCGCCCCUACCGAUUUGAUGUGAAGGAGAGGUUUGACAGAGGGGGAUUACAAGCCAUAGUCGAUCCCACCAUGGGUCUGUACCCUGCAGACGAGCUGCAUCACGUGUUUGACCUCGCUCUCCGCUGCACUGACAUUCAGAAUCCUGCUGCCCGCCCCUCCAUGACCCGAGUUGUGGCUGAGCUAGAAGCUGUUCUCGAGCCUGAGGCGAUUUCCCGGUUCGUUUCCUCCGGACCUCCAUCUCACGGCUCGGCGGACUUCCGUACCGCGCCGUCAGGCUCCGGAGCUGGUCCGGGUGGGGCGGGGCUGACGCGGUUUGCUGGAGCUGGGAAGCAGGUGGUCGAGGGUGGGGUAGAAGGUGGGGCAGGUUCGGCGGCGGCAGGCUCGGGAGUAGCAGGUUUGGCAGUGGGAGGUGCGGCAGGUGCAGCAUUGGCUGCAGCGAUUGAUUUCGCCUCUCCCUCCCGUGCUGAUGCUGGUGGCCCCACUCACACUCCAGAACCUCCUACCCCUCCCAACCACUUUCAACCGCAACCCUUCGUUCCUUCUGAUGCGCCACUCCCUCAUCCGUCCUCGAGAAGAACACCGGGACCCCUUGCAUACAAGGGCCGAGCUGCAGGGGCAGCAGGGGUAGCAGGAGCAGCAGCAGGUGCUGCAGAAGCUACUGGAGGGGAUAUUCGGGGUGUGAGGGAUACAGAGCAUGAUGGUGCCUAUGCUCCAACGGGUCAAAAUGAUCCUAGGAGCACUGGCGGAGCUUAUGUUGUGAGUCACGAUGUAGGCAUGCAGAUGAAACCUGCACCAGUUGCUGCCUUUCGAGGGGCAUCGGCAGCUGCUGGGGGGGGCUCAACUGGAGGAGGUGUUACUGUAACAGGUGUGGCUGGUGGAAAUGCGGGUGGAAUUGGUGGUGGCAGCGGUGUUGCUGCUCCUCCUGGUCAAGAAUUUAAAAUGGGAGAGAGAUUAGGUGAGGGAGGAGGAGAUGGAGGUCAGAGGGGUGGAGAGGGGUAUGAGGAGGGAAUGAUGGAUGCGUCGUUUGAUUCUAGCGGGUUUGAUCGCAGUGGGGUGUUCAGUUAUGGGGCCAUGCCGCCGGCUUAG